ACAGGCUGAUUAGGUCUGCAAGUGGCUGUGAAAGUAACUUAUAUUUGUGGUUUUGAAGUACAAAAUCCAGUCUCCUUCACAGCAAAAUGCACAGAACAAGUGGAUCUGCCCUUGCAGUCAGUUCUGCUCCCUUCUUGGGAGUGUUGGUGACAGAUUGGCUUUCCCUUGGGGUCAUGUAAUUGCAUUACGUUAAAUCCAUUACACUUGUCACCUUCCAGCCUGCCUUGUCACAUUAAGGGUCAGUGUUCUGUCUCUUCAGCGCCCGGCACCUGCUAAGUACAGAGUAUAUCUUCCAUUUGAAAUGGCUUUGGUGGGAGUUAGAAUGGGUACCUAUAAAGGUCUGUUCCAGGUGUGAGGGUGAUACUGUCAUCUAUAUCACUGCUAUUUAAGGCAUGGUAAUGGCCUGACACAUACAUCCUUGGUGAGUUUCCCAGAUGGAGGGGGGAAAGCAGCUGUAGCCAGUGGGCACAAAUAAGGCACUGGUCCUAGCAUAAUGGAGAACAUCAAGCCAAUUUCCAUUCUGCCAAUAGCACAUAUCCUGAAACAGACUGGUGUAGAUGUUGUUGGACUGCAACUCCCAGCACCCAUAGUCACCACAAUUAGUGAGAGGGGAAUGUUCUGACCUACACUCCAACGAUCUUGGGAAGGCUGCAAGAUUUCCAUCUAUGUCUAGUUGUGGAGGAGUGUUUUUCCUGUCCGGCUUCUUUUGGUGAGGCUUUCAGAACUCCAUGUUCCUGUGUUCGUCUCUGGAAGUACAUUAUGGUGAUCUCAGCCUUUUUUUUUUCUUUUGAAGUUUGCAAAUAACUUUGGCACCUGACAAAAUCCCAGCAGCAAGCAGCCGUGGAGGACGUGCAUGUGUUUUUGCGUGCUUUACACUUCCCUUUGGCACCUUACCUUGCAGGAACAAGAUAAAUCUUGAAAAAUUGCAAAUGGAUUUCAUAAUGAGAUUUCCACCCUCCUCUCCCCAUGCCAGCAAUGCACAGUCUUGUUUGGCAAACUACAGCAUACAAGACAUGUAGCUAAGACCAUCCUAUUUUUCUGUUUGGAAAUUUCCUGUUUCCAUGUUCUGUGUUGCACUAUGAGGAGGAUUAUAGGGGGCAGGGAUUGGGUCACCAAGGAGUGUGACAUGAUUUUCCUCUGUUUAAUCACUUCCUUUGCUGUUUGUACCUUAAAUCAUGCAGAACAGCAGUUGGUGUGGAAGAGACAACUUGAAACAUCCCAGGUGGCUGCUUUGACUUUGUGUUCAUCGUGAGCUAGAAACCUCCGAUGGCUGCCCUUAGAGAGUGCAUCAGCAGCAGUCUUUCAUGGUGUGAUGGUCAAUGUGGGUGGAUUCUGUGCCUUCUCCCGCUUGCAAAACAACGACGACACACAUCUCCUCUGGGAAGAUGAAACACUCAAUGGUCACCAGAAGAUGUUACUGCUUUGGCUAUGCAAUCGAAAGAGGACAAAAGUCAAGAGCAGAAUUCUUUCUCCGAAACUGUCGGACAGGUAGAUCUUGGUGGAAGCAGCAACAAUGGCUACCCUGUAUCCAUCACUCGAGGACAUGAAGGUGGACCAGGUCCUCAAGGCCCAAAGUGUUGCAGCCCCGAAGGUGACUCCUCCAGCUCCGGUCCCUGCUGUGGUCAUGCCAUCAGCCCCUGAGAAAAAGGAACCACCCAAGGCAGCUGACCCACCUGUUUUGUAUCCAAAUCUUGCUGAGCUGAAUGACUACAUGGGCCUCUCACUUUCCAGUGAGGAGGUCCAGAAGAAUUUGGGACUUGUCCCAGUGGGCAGCAAUGCUGUGGUUCCAGCAUCCUCUGGACAAGGCAUGAUGGUUGCUCCAGUGACAGGAAGUAACUUGGGGAUGCGCCGGGCAGAGAUCAAACCGGGGCUGCGGGAAAUCCAUCUCUGCAAAGAUGAGCGCGGGAAGACAGGACUGAAGCUGAGGAACAUUGACAAGGGCUUGUUUGUGCAGCUGGUCAAGGCCAACUCUCCAGCAUCCCUGGUGGGGCUGCGUUUUGGGGAUCAGAUCCUACAGAUUGAUGGGAAGGAUUGCGCCGGAUGGAACACAGACAAGGCCAAGCGCGCACUGAAGAAGGCCUCCCCAGAGAAGAUUGUCAUGGUGGUUCGUGACAGACCCUUCCAGCGGACGGUGACCAUGCACAAAGACAGCACCGGCCAUGUGGGCUUUGUUGUCAAGAAAGGGCAGAUUAACUCCCUGGUCAAGGGCAGCUCUGCCGCUCGCAAUGGACUCCUCAUCAACCACUACAUCUGUGAAGUGAAUGGGCAGAAUGUCAUUGGCAUGAAGGACAAGGAGAUCAGCGAAGUCUUGCUGAAUGCGGGGAACAUCAUCACGCUCACCAUUGUCCCUGCAGUGAUCUAUGAGCAUAUGAUCAAAAAGCUUUCGAGUGGGUUAAUAAAAUCUUCCAUGGAUCAUUCAGUCCCUGAUGCUUAAAAUGGCAGAAGACCUUUCCUCCUUCCAUCUCCUCUUUUCUGGCAUGACGGAUUCCACCAGAAGGACUCUUGAAACUGUUCUCUCUCCCCAUUUGGGACUAUUGGGGGGUGAAGAAAGGCAAAGUCACUCCUUAAAAAUCGGCCAAUUCCUUGAGGGUAAUGGGGUUUCUAGAGAUUGGCAAUUGAUCCAUGUUUGAAUCUUGUGGUUCUGUGGAACUACUAUGUUACAGCUUCUAGGGGAAGUUCAAUUAAUCUCACAAAUGGGGCUAUCCCUCCUGCUUGAGAAAGUGACAAACAUUGACAGUGUGGUGUAGUGGUUACAGUGUGGCACUAGGACUUGGAGGAUUCAUUUCAAGUCUCCACCAAGCCAUGGAACUCACUGGGCCACCUUGGGCCCAGGCCCACGUUCUCUGUCUCUCAGCUGCACCUACCUCACAGGGUUGUUGUGAGUAAAAAGUGGGGAGGAGGAGAACCAAGUGGGCCACUACGAACCUAUUGGAAGAAAAGGUGGGAUUUGAAGGUAAUGAAUCAAUAAGAAAAGAACUGGAGUUUAUCUGUUGCAACUCAGCUUACCUUCUGUUGCCUCUUCACAUAGACAAACGAUCCUUCCUAAAUCUUGCGUUGUUUACUUCUUUCUCCUUUUUCGUGGGACACAGGGACUAGAAUCCUUGAGGUCCAGUGUUGGGUUUCAAGCCGAUAGAUACAACACGGCUCUGCGUUCAGGGUCUCUUUUUAAAUUUAAAUUAAAUGCUUUUACUAAAAUACUUACCAGAACAAAGCUGUAAUUUUAUUCCCUAAUUUUGUUUUUUUUUAAAUAUUUUUGUUCACAUGGAUUUCAAGUGUUUCUACAAUUUUCUGAGCACCUCCAGAUUUUUUAGAUAUUAACGAAGAGUCUAGUUCCAGUUGUUAUAUUUAGAAACAGUGAUUGAAGGGGAUCACUUAUUGUGACUCCAUGCAUCUGAGGAAAUAGACCAAACUAGUUUUAUUAACCCAUAUAUAGCUAAUAUAUAACUUCUAUAACUUCUUUUCCACAGUUAGUCUCAAAGGUAUAGACUGAUAUUCCAGAUUAACGUGGCUAUGUCUCUGAAUUAUUGUGACUGUUGACUUAAAAACCCAUCAUGCAAUACAUCCCACUGCUAUUAGUUUUGAGUAAGGAAAUGAAGUAAAUAAACAAUAAGUAUGUAAGUGGUUUUACUUUUGUGACCUAAACAGUAUAAUUCACCAACCCUGGGGGACCAACAAAAAGGAAGUGGCCACUUUUUUAAAAAGCCAAUGCUUUGGAGAAAGGAUCAGCUGGGAAAUGGAAAACUUCUUUAAUCAAUAACUUUACAGAUAACUGAAUUCUGGAUGUAAGUUAAUGAUGAAAUUCCAAUGGAAGGCAAUCAGGUUGAAAACAUUUGUAAUUAAAAAUAAACAAAACAA